GGAAAAGUCCAUGGUAUCAACCCAUUAACGCAAAUAUCUUCGUCCCCUUGAUCUCAAUUUCUGCAAAUUCCCAUAACCUAAAUCCCUCACCUCCGAUCAUAUUUCCGUCCGGUUAACCGUAACAAAAAUGACUCUCCAAAUCGCCAAACGCCUAACCAAUAAUAUCUUCACGACGGCGAGAACUCCGACUGCCGGACUCUUCUCAUCGCUCCACCGUCACUAUUCCUCCACCUCUUCCGACCGGAUCACCGCCACUCUCUUCCCCGGAGACGGUAUCGGUCCCGAGAUCGCCGAAUCCGUUAAACAGGUAUUUACUGCUGCAGAAGUUCCAAUCGAAUGGGAAGAACAUUUUGUCGGAACAGAAGUUGAUCCUAGGACCCAAAGUUUUGUUACAUGGGAAAGUUUGGAGUCCGUAAGAAGAAACAAAGUCGGCUUAAAAGGCCCAAUGGCUACACCAAUUGGAAAAGGUCAUCGCUCUUUAAACCUUACGUUGAGGAAAGAACUGAAUCUAUACGCAAACGUUAGACCAUGUUAUAGUUUACCUGGUUACAAGACACGAUAUGACGAUGUGAACCUUGUGACUAUUCGUGAAAACACAGAAGGAGAAUACAGCGGUCUUGAACAUCAGGUGGUGCGGGGAGUUGUUGAAAGUCUUAAAAUCAUUACCCGACAGGCGAGUUUAAGGGUGGCUGAAUAUGCGUUUUAUUAUGCUAAAACCCAUGGAAGGCAGAGAGUAUCUGCUGUACACAAAGCUAACAUCAUGCAGAAAACUGAUGGUUUAUUUUUAAAGUGUUGUCGUGAAGUUGCUGACAAGUACCCUGAGAUAAAGUAUGAGGAAGUUGUCAUCGACAAUUGCUGUAUGAUGCUAGUGAAGAACCCGACACUAUUUGAUGUCUUGGUUAUGCCCAAUCUUUAUGGUGACAUCAUUAGUGACCUUUGUGCUGGGCUAAUUGGAGGACUCGGGUUAACACCAAGCUUAAAUAUUGGAGAGGGUGGUAUUGCUCUUGCUGAGGCUGUUCAUGGUUCAGCUCCCGAUAUUGCCGGAAAGAACUUAGCGAACCCAACUGCUUUGUUACUAAGUGCGGUAUCAAUGCUUCAUCAUUUGGAUCUGAAUGAAAAGGCCGAUAAGAUCCAAGAUGCUGUAUUGAAGACGAUUGCAGAGGGCAAGUACCGAACUGGCGAUCUAGGUGGCACAUCAACAACCACCGAAUUCACAAAAGCAAUCAUUGAUCAUCUUUAAGUAGUACCAAAUGCUGCAAACUGCAUAUAACAUUUCUUAUUCCAUUAUUCUUACACACAACACUGAUUUCCCAUUUUUUGUUAUUCGAGUAAGGAUACGAAGAUAACCGCUCAAAAGAGAGGUUAUGCAGCUGGCAUGCUUCGAUCGGUUGGUAUUACUUGUAACGUUAAUAAAUUUCAUCGGUUUUAGUUUGAGGUCUUCCUCAUCUUGCUAUAAAACUAGCUGUCAAGGCGUAAA